CGGAAAUGCCACGGAUGUGCCAGUUUCACGGUUUUCACGCCCAUGUGAAGUUGUACAAGUGCUGUUAUCGACCACAAGUAUUACACCAAGAGAGACAGGGACCAGACAGACAUCUCUGCACGUACAACUUCCCCGGAUGCAGCGACUGAGUGUGUGUAAAGUGUGAUAAAGUAUGGCAGUCAACGCGUUUUAUUCGCACAGAGACCCCAUGCUGAAGAAGAGAGAUGACUUUGAGGACAUGUUGGAGGACAGGAGGAACUCCAGCGACCUGAAGUACGCCCUCAGGUGUUACACCCCGGUUCUUUACAGAGGCGUGACGCCCUGCACACCCAGCACGCUGAAGAGCACGGUGCUCCAGUCCGAUCAGCUGCGUUACGUCAUCCAUCAGGUUUCCAAAGAGACGGGCAAGGCGACUGACGAUGUCAAGGACGAGGCGUCGGCCAUCUUGGAGGAGAUGGCUCAGUGUCUGCAGCUCAGCACGGUUCGCUUCUUCGCCUUCGCCCUCAGCAAGGCCUUCAAGACCUUGUUCAGGAGCAUCUGCGUCAACGAAGACGGCAUCCAGAGGAAUGGAUUUGCACCAGUUGAAUUUUUCCUAGAGGGGACCAGAAGCCGAACGUCUAAGUCUUUGACCCCAAAGUUAGGUUUGCUGAAUAUAGUCAUGGAUCCGUUCCUUAAAGGGGAGGUGUUUGACGUCAACGUGGUCCCAGUCAGCAUCAGCUAUGAGAGGGUCCUGGAGGAGACGCUGUAUGCCAGAGAGCUGCUGGGGAUUCCCAAACCCAAAGAAUCCACCUCAGGUCUGUUCAAAGCCAGGAAGAUCCUCAGUGAGGACUACGGCAGUAUCCACGUGUACUUUGGUCAGCCUGUGUCUGUCAGAAGUUUAGCCCAGGGCAGAGUUAACCGCUGCCAGUUCAACCUGCUACCAAGACACAUACCCAGGAGGCCCGGCGACGACAUCUCCAGCUUUGUGAAUGACUCGGCCUACAGGCUGGUGCGGGCCCAGGAGGAGAACAUGGUCCUGAAGCCGUGGGUCCUCGUGGUCUCGCUGCUGCUCCAGUACCACCACCAACACCAGGCGGGGGGGCAGAACCAGGGGACAGCACUGAGCGAGCUGACUGCACACGCCGUGUGGCUCAGGGACCUCUCCCGGCAGUACGGCGCCUUCCUCCACUGGCCCGACCACGAUCCUCCAUCAGAGGUGGUUUCCUCUAGUCUUACCCUGCAUCGAGGUCUAGUGAGGAUUUGUGGGGACAACGUCCAGCUGGCAGUGGAACAAGCAGGAGGACCAGCGGGACCAGGGCCUCACAGCUGCCCCGCCCCAGAGGAGGAGCUCUUGAGCCAGGCAGUCGUCAUACUGUCCUGCGCCUCCUACAGGAACCAGGCGCUGCACGUCUUCGUCCGCCCGGCGCUGCUGGCCCUAGCCAUCCACUCUGCCUCCUCCAACCAGAAACAGGAGGUCUUCAACAGUUUCAGCUUCUUAAGAAACAUGUUCUCCAAUGAGUUCAUCCUCUGUCCUGGAGCUACAGUGCAGGACUUCGAGGAGGCCUGUUACCUGCUGGUGAAGACCGGAGCUCUGCAGCUUACCCAGCAGGUGGUCCUGGUGACUGAACGAGGACUCAGGACUCUGGCCUUCCUCUCCAGUAUGUUGGAUCCCUUCUUACAAGGAUACCAGGUGGUGUGCCGGUUCCUGUGUGAAGAAGCCACUGAGACUCUGACGAGAAAAACAGUUGUUCCCGCGGUCCGGAAGUUCAUCAAAAAACAUCUUCUAGCAGGGAGACUGAGAUACAUGGAGGUGUUGUCCUCUGACCUCCAGAAGAACGCCCUGGCAGCGUUGCUAAGACUCGGAGCUGUACGCAAAAUGAAAGGCGUGGAGCAGGAGGUGCUGAAGGUCAGCAGGGUGAUGGUGAGCUCCUUGGAGGACACACUGGGAGGAAAGCUCCCCACUCAGAAGGCGGCCGUCGCUCGCCUCUAACGCCCCGACCCACGAGCCAGGCGGGGACCGAGGAGGGUCGAGAACCUGUCACGUGACGCGGCGACGUCUCCGCUCUUCGUCCGACGGCGGCUCGGCCGAAGCGCUCCGAUGAGAGAUGGACCAAAACAAAAGACUCGCCGUCGCCGGUGACAGCUCAAUUUAUUUUCUGUAAUUUCACUAUGUUCUCCUCACGUCUUUUUUCAAUAAGCCUUCUCUCUCUCUCUCUCUCUCUCACAUCUCUCUAUUGAGAACCUUUUCUAUGUGCUGAUAAAGCCAGGUGAUGAGCGAGGCCUUCACAGCUCUCUGCCUCGUUCUCCACCGCUGACCUUUGGCUGUGAGCAGCCUUGUGAAAGCUUCUGAAUAGUGGCCGUUCUCCAUUAAUGCAUUUAAUGUGUGUUCUCCACCACUCCUCAUGGCAGAUCUUUGUGUUUCUCAGUCUCAUGUCUUUCUAUUUAUAAGCUGCUAAUAUUGUGUCUUUUUUUUUUUUUUGGAGCACUUUAAUGAAUUUAUUCAUGCUCAUGUGGUGUGGACCCUUAUCUUAACACUCUUCUAACACAUGGUUUUCUCUUUUUUUAUUUUUUGUGUGAAACAAAAAGUUCCUAAAACUGGUGAAUAACAAGAUUUGGGUGGUGACAUAUUUUAGCUUUUGGUCAAAAAGUGUGUGCAUUUUUCUUUUCUUUUCUUUUUUGCACGAAAGAGUUUUAUAUAUUCAAGUUAAACUUGCCACAGGCCCACUACAACCCACUAUCUACUUCAAGAACAGCUUCCACCCGGGGUCGUUGUUGGAUUUAAACCCCCCCCGGCCUUUUGCUGACUCUCCAAGCUUCAUUCAUCUUUGUUUACACUGGAGAUAUUGCUACAGGUCUAAUGUUAGUUGCCAAUACCGUUGCCGGUAGUUCUACUGAAGCACUGCCAGCUACGCCAAAGGAACAAGUUUGAAGUUUUUGUUCACUGUUGGAGAUCAUUUACAUAUUUUCUCAUGUUCUCCAGUCUGGCAAAGUUAGUGAAGUUGCUUUAAAGUUACUGAUUUAAAUUUAGGGAAUAUAUUAAAGUGUAUCUAUAUUUGCAGUGAAUUACUUGAUGUCAUUUUGUUACGAGGGAAAGCCAAAUAAAGGAGAAUGGGAGCUGUAACUCAGAGGAUUAACAGGUCAGGACGUCACGUACAAGGAGCUUUAAAGUAUCAUGUUUUUCUUACAGACUUGUUGACCUACUUAGCUGUUCAGAUGGGUGUAGUUUUGGUUAAAUUUCCCAAAUUAGAUUAAUUUAAAUUUCCUUAAUUUGAAGCUAUUAUGUGGUUGUUAAACAGCAAUGUUACCCUGAAAUCCUAGGGCUGUUAGCAUGGUGGGGCGUUACAGAAACAAGCAGAGCUGCUUUUAAAGGCAGGAAAAAACACUUAAAAACCAAUCUCAUUAGUCGAGUUAAACGUCGUGGUAGAGCCAAACAGCCACAGGUACUCCCAACACUUCUCUCGCAUUUAGACUGCACGGAAAUGGUUCAAAUUCUGGUUCCUGGGCCAUGAUUCAAGGAACAAUGAACAGGUCUCAUUGGAAUAAAGGGACAUUAUCGAUUGUUUUCAGAUGCUCUAUCAAUUAACGUCUUUCUAGCCUAUAUUAAGUUGAUUAUCUUCCAUUUUGAAACCAGCCAAACGCUCCAAUAAAACCUCACACACACUGCGUGUCAGCCAAUAGAAGUUGGUAUUUGAGAGGAUACACCUUUCCAGUAUUUGUAUGUGGUGCUAAAGUUUGUAAAGAUCUGAAGAAACUGUUGAAUACCCUGAACUUAAAAAGGUUGAACACACACACACACACACACACACACACACACACACACACACACACACACACACACACACACACACACACACACCCCUUCAGGACAACGUUGAUUAAUCUGUUUCACCAAUCAUUUCAUCAGAGCAUACACAACCUUUUGUUACCAGGUGUUCAGGUAUUCAGUCUUUCAAGUAUACAGUGUGUGUAUUUGUGGUUUUCCAAUAGCAGCUUUUAUACAGUAUGUCUAAAUAUUUGACUCGUGUGUGCGUGUGUACAUAUGUGUGUGUGUGUACUUAUACGUUUAAGUGUGUAUGUGUUGGUUGAGGCCUUUUAUUACUGACUGUACAGACUUAUGAAAUACAAAAGCAUGUUAAUAAAGUGUUUUUGAAAUACA